AUGGAUUUUACUCUCUGCUCCGACACAAUCCAAGGACCCGGUCUGGUCCAGCGAGCGCAGGCCCGCUGCGCACUCACCUCCGAUUCUGGUUCCGCCGCGCUCACCGUUCAGGCGCCUCCUUCCAUGGUGUUCGCAUCCAUCUCCAGCGUCUCCAGGCCGAAGCGCCUCGCCUCGGCCUGGCCUUCCAGCCGCCUCAGCCUCCCUUCCCCUCCCUUCUGUCGGAGCCCACCUGGCGACCCUCAGGCCCCUUUGCCCCGCGCUCUGACGCAGGACGGGCCGCUGAAUGCCGGCGAAGAACAUCCCCCAACACCUUCCACGGGAGGCCCGCCGCCUCGGCCUCACGCGGAGCUCCUGGGCCUGCAGAUCUCAGGCCCGAUGAGUCCGAAUUCACAGCUUUUAGCAAGAUCCCCAGGUGAUCUCCCUGCCCCGGGAAAUUGGCGGCCAAACACGAAACACCGGGGCUGCUCCGAGACUCGCGGUCUCGGCUCGAUGCGGCAGUGA